GAUGCCCUAACCUAUGAUGAUGUGUAUAUGAACUUCACUGGAGAAGAAUGGGCGUUGCUGGAUCCUUCACAGAAGAGUCUCUACAAAGAUGUGAUGCUGGAGACCUACAGGAACCUCACUGCUAUAGGCUACAAUUGGCAAGACCAUAAUAUUGAAGACCAUUGUCAAAGUUCUAGAAGACAUACAAGGCACAGAAGAAGUCGUAGUGGAAAGAAACCCCCUGAAUAUACUAAGUGUGGAAAAACCUUGUCCUGUCACGGUUAUCUGCAAAGGCAUGAAAGAAUUCAUACUGGAAAAAAAUCUUAUGAAGUUAUUCAAUAUGGUGAAUCCUUUGCACAUCACAGUACUCUCCAAAUACAUAAAAGAACACAUACUAGAGAGAAACUCCACAAAUGUAAUGGAUGUGAUGAAGCCUUUUCAAUACAGAGUUGUCUCAGAAGACAUAAAAGAACACACACUGGAGAGAAGUCCUAUGAAUGUAAUCAGUGCGGUAAAGUCUUUGCAUAUCAAAGUAAUCUUCGAAUACAUAAAAGAUCACAUACUGGAGAGAAACCUUACAAGUGUAAUCAAUGUGAUAAAGCAUAUUCCCAAAAUAGUCAUCUCCAAAUACAUAAAAGGACACAUACUGGAGAGAAACCUUAUCAAUGUAAGCAAUGUGGUAAAGCCUUUGCAUGUCAUAGUAGUCUUUACCAUCAUAAGGAAACACAUACUGGAGAGAAACCUUACAAGUGUAAUCAAUGUGAUAAAGCCUAUUCAAAACAAGUCUGUCUCCAAAUACAUAAAAGAACCCAUACUGGAAAGAAACAUGAAUGUAAUCAAUGUGGUAAAGCCUUUACAUGUCAUGGUUAUCUUCAGAUACAUAAAAGAACACAUACAGGAGAGAAACCCUAUGAAUGUAAACAAUGUGGUAAAACCUUUGCCCGUCAUAGUACCCUUCAUAGUCAUAGAAGAACACAUACUGGAGAGAAACCCUACAAGUGUAAUCAAUGUGGUAAAGCUUUUCCAUGUCGUAGUAAACUUCACAGGCAUAAAAGAACACACACUGGAGAGAAACCCUUUGGAUGUAAUCAAUGUGGUAAAGCCUUUCCAUGUCAUAGUAGUCUUCACAGGCAUAAAAGAACACAUACUGGAGAGAAACCUUUUGAAUGUAAUCAAUGUGGUAAAGCCUUUGCAUGUCCAAGUAAUCUUCGAAAACAUAAUAGAAUACAUACAGGAGAGAAACCCUACAAGUGUAAUCAAUGUGAUAAAGCCUAUUCCCGACAAAGACAUCUCCAAAACCAUAAAAGAACACAUUCUGGAGAGAAAUCCUAAGAACAUAACCAAUGCAGUAAUGCCU